AUAAAUCAGAACUAACCAGUCACAUUUUGAGGUUAGAAAACAUAACCCCACAUACAAUCGUUGUUAAACAAUAGCGUUAUACCGAAAAUUAAUGAUUAAAAAUGGCUGAGGCAACGACAAGUAAAGAAAACGCAACAAAAGGCCCUGUUUGCCUCAUAGUUUUAGGCAUGGCAGGUUCAGGUAAAACAUCCUUGGUUUCCAGAAUAUCUACGAUGAAAAAUAAGCCUUACUUGGUAAAUUUGGAUCCUGCCUGUAUACAGUUGCCUUACUUCGCUAAUAUUGAUAUCAGGGAUACUGUUAAUUACAAAGAGGUUAUGAAGCAGUAUAAGUUGGGGCCUAAUGGGGCUAUUGUAACGUCGUUGAAUUUGUUUUCAACCAAAUUUCCGGAAGUUAUUAGUUAUAUAGAGAAAUCCACCAACGAGCAUUGUGUAUUGGAUACUCCAGGUCAAAUUGAGGUGUUUACUUGGUCUGUAUCAGGGUCUAUAAUCACAGAAACUUUGGCUUCAACAUUCCCAACAGUAAUUCUAUAUGUAGUGGACUGUGUUCGAAGCACUUCACCUGUAACUUUCAUGUCAAAUAUGCUGUAUGCGUGUUCGAUAUUGUACAAAACUCGUCUACCGUUCAUUGUAGUAAUGAAUAAGACAGACAUAGUUGAUCAUUCCUACGCUAAAGACUGGAUGAAUGAUUUUGAAUCUUUCCAAGAGGCUUUGGAAAAUGACGAAAGUUAUAUAAGUAAUUUAACCAGAUCAAUGGCUUUAGCUUUGGACGAGUUUUAUCAAAAUUUAAAAGUAUGUGGGGUUAGUGCUGCAACUGGUCAAGGAAUGGAUGAGUUGUUUAACCUAGUGGAAGAAGCUAGACAAGAAUAUGAAAGAGAGUACAGGGUUGAAUGGGAAAAAAUUAAGGCUGAAACUGAGGAGAAACGCGCGCAAGAAUCUAAGGAAAAAAAAGAAACCAAAGACAAAAAACCCGCUCAAACCAGUUUAUUAACUGAGGUACCUUCAGGGGUGGAACUUUCAGAUGUUUUUCUGAGGCAACCUGAUGAAGUCAGCAGUUCUGAUUCAGAAGGUGAAGAGGCGCCAUUUGAAGGCGACACAAAUGAAGAGGAAAUGGAGACUUUUAAAAAAGUAGUUCAGCAACAAAAAGAAAUGCAAGUGAAAAGAGCAAAAGAGGCUGAAGCCAAAAAAAACACUUAGUUGUUACAUAUUUUUUUUAAUAUAAUAAAGUAUUAUUUUUG